AAGAAAAAAAGUCACACGAGUCUAUUGAGAAUAGAGUGUAUCAACCCGUAAAAAGAUUCCCUUCCGUUCUGAGAAAAACUGCAUAACCUAAUAAUCCAAGUGUAUCAAAAUUGAGAGCAGUGGUUGAAGUGAAGCAGAUCAUCAAAUAAUCAUGAGUUUAAUGAGUCCGAGAACAGAGAAGCUGGUGAGAAGGCUAACCUUUGUCACCACUGUUGCUGCUUCCUAUUUUCUCUUAACCGCUGAUUACGGCCCCAAACCCAAUGCUCUCGAUCCUAUUAAGAAGCAAAUACUUUCUGCACAGAGCACUGUUAAAGAGUAUAUUGUGGGAUCAAAGAAAGAAUCUCAAGAAAGCCAUGUGGGGAGAUUGGACAGCAAUAAAGAUAAUCCAUAAAUUUAUGAUAGUCUUGUAUAGGAACAUCUGAGUCAAGGUUUUCUUUUAGCAGCUUGAACUGUAGUGUAAUGGAAUGGUUCAAUGAAUAGAGGCUGAGAACGAAUAAACAGUAGAUUCACUUGUCAGCAUUAUCAUUGCCAUUAAUAAGACCAUUACAUCAUAAUCAUGUUUCGGCUGCUGAUCUCUUCCCCCACAACUCAUUAUCUUGUUAUAUAUUUGCAUCUGUAUUGUUUAUCUUUCCUUUGUUUUUCUGUUAUAUGGAUUUGAGAUACAAAUGUGAUUGAGAAGGGUGUUUUGCACAUCAAUUAAGAAGUUGCUUUAGUCAAA